UGGCGGUCUCUUUUCGCAUAGAACGAAAAUUCCGAUAGGUGGUCCAUCUGUAAACGGAACUACAGUACUAGAUUUCGCAACUAAAACACCAUGCGCAUUAUAUGAUUGAAUUCCCCAUCCACGAACUGCUUACUUCGUACUAGUUUUAAGAGUUGUUUUAAUUAUAGGUUUGAUAGAUUCUUCUACAACCGAUUACUUAACAAUGACGACAAAAUUUUUCAAAAAAUCUAACACAGCGACAUGCACAGCGACAGCGCGACCUUUCUUUAAUUAAAUUCGAAGCACUUGUUGUAAAUGAACUCUCUUAAUAUCAUGAUGAUUCUCAAUAUUUCAUCCUAAUUAAGAUCUUAUUAAUGUGUUGAGGCAGAAAGAACUUUUGAUGAAGAUUCAAACGAGAACUUGUUCACAAGAAGAAUUUCGCUCUCUACUAUUUUGGUGUUUGUUUUGUUGAAGUGUUUUGAUCAUCCCCUUUCAACUAGCCCUGCUUUUGGAUUUGAUUUAGUGUUAAUUUGAUUGCUCAUCUUCGUCGGCCUCGGCAAAUCAUAAGGAUGGUCUUACUAACUCUUGAGAAGAUUACAGGAGAACGAAUGAAUUUUAACUUAUGUCUCCUUCUUGAUUUGAUUCUGACUUGUUAGACACAUCAACAAUGUCGGUUGUUUCAGGCGCUUGCUUUCCGGCGCAGAGGGUUGGCGCGGGGAGCGUCCUAGCGUACACGUGGGGAGGGAGUUCGUCUUCUUCCUCUAAGAGGCCCACGACAGCUGGAGCACCGGUAACCAGCACUGGUGCAACUACUCUGGGAAAUUUGAAAGGAUCAGGAUCUGCUUCAAGUUCUAGUACGGGUAAUAGAGCAGGUGCAACUACAACAAGUGGUGUACUAACCUCUGCUACAACUCCUUCCUCUGCUACAACUUCUGGUAAGAACAGUAGUACUACAACAACAGUACUCUCAGGUCCAAGUGCCGAUACCGCAGCACAAUUAGCGGUGACACAGUACAAGAAUCAACGGCUUUGUAGUAUUCUGUCGAAGUAUAAUGUUGCUGGAGGAGCCUCGUCCAGAAGUGGAGAACAAAAACAAGAACAAAAACCAGAACUCCAAACUAUAGAGACUACUACCACUACGACCACCACAGGGGGUUCAAAAAAGCGACCCCGUGGUGGAGCAGCUGUGUCCUCGUCCACACAAGAACUCCAGAAAGCAGAUGGAUCUAAGAAAAAGCCCUCUCCCAGAUCCUCAAGCAGUAGUAGUUCAUCUGCCGAUGACGGUGAGGAAGAACCACGUUCAAAAAAGCCACGCGCCAAGCAACGUGGUAAAACUACAGGAGCUUUUGCAGAUAUCGUUGCAGAAGGCACUAAUAAUGGUAGCGCUACUGGAAGUAGUAAGAAGAACAAUGCCUCCAGUACUAAAAAUGGAACAACGACAACGAUCACUGCUACUAGUAGUUCCUCUAGGGCCGCUACAACUGGUGGGAAGAAAAACCCGGGAGGACAGAACAAUACUAAGGGAACAGGAGCAACAUCAGAAGUAGUAGUUAUUCCAGAUACGCCGCCAGUGGGGAGUGUCGAGGGAAGCGGUGUUGACGAUCAUCUAGUGUUGGAGAGUGUCGAUGCGACGAAGAAAGAGCCACCUCCACCUUCAAUAGAUCUGACAGGAAAAAAGCCACCUACUACUACACGUACUACUACUACACGUACUACACAUGCUAAGAAUGGUACCAACAUUACGUCCAACAACAACGACAACGACGGAAGCUGUGUUGAGGAUGAAAUGGAAGAUCAAGAUGAUCGGGAACUUCAAACUGUGGAUGACCAUCUAGUGUUUGAGAUCAAUCAGCAUCGGGAAGCAGUAGUCGAAUUGUUCAGAAAGUGGGGGAAUUUCACGGAAGUGUGUAUUCAAGAGUGGGCUGACGGGAAGUACUCUACGGUUAAGGCUCAAAAAUGCAAUUCAUCUCCAAGGGCCAUUGUCUUCAGUUUCCUUUUUCGGAUCAUUCUGAAGAAAUGAAGGGAAGAGAUGAAUUGCUUUGAGGUCUAAUACGGAAACUUUCUCUUUGCGCCAUGCAGCGAGUGGACAAGUGGUCUGCGCCGCAGGGAUGACCGCGAAGGGGAUUAGUGUACCAGUGAAUCCACCAGCAACGGGUACCUCGUCGAGUGGUGCGUCGUCGUCGGGGUCUAGCGCAACAACAGCAGUUUCCUCUGGCGUUGUUAUAGGCGGAGUGCCUGGAGGAAGUAGUGUUUCCUCAAGUGUAACGCGAUCAGCACGUCGUGCGGCCCGUCAUAAUGGUCGUGGUCGAGCCGCUGGUGCCAAUUUUCAAGGAAAUCUUCUAGGACACCACGGAAGUCAUCUAGGACAUCAUUCUCAACGCCUUCUAGACGGAGGAGGUCAACAUCUACAGAUGCACACUCAGGGGUUCAUUCAAGGUGGUGGCAUUCCUCCUGGGCAUCACGUGCAGUUUGCUGGAGGACAACACCAGGCUACUAGGCUCCAUAGUGCUAGAACGAUCAUGCCUCCCACUGGAUCGAGCACGAUGAGUGCCUCUACUAGUGCAACAACUACGAGUGGUGGUCUUCAAGUGCAACAACACAACAAUUCUACAAUUGCUACUACUUGUAACAACACUACGUCUUCUACCACUGGCAACUCCAAGGAGUCGAUGAAAACUAAGACCAAGACUGUUUUGACCCUCUUCGCAACUGCGAAGGGGUGGCGACGUUUGGGCCUUGGCGAGUUACUCGUCUGGUUCAUCAAAAAGACCUACGCGGCAAGGAAAAUUCGCAAGAUUAUCGUGCCUGCAACGCAGCCAGCCGCUCACUUUUGGCGGAAGCCAGCGAAUGGAGCCAAAGUAAUCGAGAGUAAUGACGCGGACGCAAUCCACAAGCUCAACUACCGAAGGUGCACCCUCAUGGAACUGAAGACGAGCUCCUGGGAGAACACGACUGUGCUCAGGGAAAUUAGGCCGUACUAUCUUGAUUCAUCUCUUGACUCUCUUGACCUGAAGUCCUCUCUCGACGUUCUAUGACUCCUUAUGAUAACCUAUUCUAUAUAUAGCCAGCAGGCAUUGUAUAUAUACAGAAUGAAUAGGUUCUAUACACAUACUGAUCUUGAAAAGUCCUAGAUUCAUCUUAUAUAUUAUUUCCAACGAUGAAACUAAAACCUCCAAUUCAAACAGGGAGUUGGUCGAGGCACGAUUAGCGUGGGCACUUUUAGCUACUGAGGUGAAGUUUGGCAAUGAUGUUGAGAAGCUGCGGAUGCUCCUCGACGCAGCAUCAAGCGACGACGUCUGUUACAAGGCACCAGAUGACUCGCAAAACCUGUUGUUUGACGCAAUUCAGCGGUCUGACCCAAAAUAUGCGAAGAAGGUAUGUCUAAGAUUUUUUUCUGCGAAUAAUUCUACUUCAUCUACUCGGUUGUAUGGUAGGUGCCCCUACUUAUUCUUAUGCUUUCAUCAGUCAAGAACAAGAUUCAAAGUUCUAUUUUUGUUGAAGAGCACCCUCCCACCCUCCCACUCUUCCAUUACUUACACGGACACACGUAAAUGCUAAUGCGAUGUCCUACUUCAGAUCACGCACAUGCUGAUGGAACGGUGUCCGAAAUUGGAUCUGAACUGCAGGGAUAUGAACAAUCAGACGCCAAUUUUCUAUGCCUGUAACUUCAAUGAUCGCGCUGACGUGAUCGCUCUGCUGUUGGAAAAGAACGCCAACGCUGGCCAUGUUGACAAAAACGGGGAGACCUGUUUGUUCUAUGCUUGCCGCAACCAGAAUCCUACAGCGAUUAAAGCGGUAAUCGAGUUAGGGGAGAUAAAUACGAUGCAGAAGAAUUACCGACAACGAGUGGCGCUAGACUAUGCGAUUGCACCAAAUAAGCAAGGCGUCGCGCCAGAUCCGAAGACGGUAGAAGCCUGCGUGACCUCCUUCCCCUGGCCAGCACGCUAUGCGACCCCACAACUACACGCACAGAAUUUUAGACAUGAUUUUUUGCGACUGUUGGCCAAUGGAGGAGACAUAGAAGCAGCUACGGAAGAGGACGGCAAGAUGAAUGUUGCUGGAGGAGGUUUACAACUCGGUUCAGGAGGACAAGGAGCAGAACUUCUGACGGAUUCUAUGAAAAACAAAGUGCAAGUACUAGAGUCAACAACGACCUUACAACUCAUGAACGACGAUCCACUACAAGAAAAAUUCGCUUCUCAAGACAACAAUAAUUUUAUCGCGGAACAUCAACUGCAACAUCCAAAUAAUACACAUCCACUUGGUCGUAGUAUUUCUGGAGCUAUUUCUGGAGAUGGAGCACCAGUUAUGUUUGGCGCAACGAAGCUCUUCGCACCAAGUACAACUUCAAUGUUAAAAGGCGUUCAUCCGGGUCAUCCAGUUCCACCUCCAGGAACAACAGGAACAACGUCUCCUCUGCAUCUUGGAUCUGCUCGACGUCAGUCAUCAUCGAAGAACGGUGGCAAACCGAGCAACAGCAGUGCCAAGAAAUACAGCUACCACUGGAAAGGCCCCUUGACGUUUCCGAAAAGAGCUACUAGGGCGAGACGGAAGCCGGUGGAUGACUCUGCCUUUCUGCGAAAGACGUUUCCGCCUUUCCUCAGUGAUCGGUUUCUAGAAGGCCCUAGAAAGUACGACACCGCAGUUCCACCAACAAAUGGAAACGAUCUUCACGAUGAUGCAGCAAGUCGAGGAGGGGAAAGCGGAAGUGGUCGCCAUCACGAUCAAGAUCAAGAAAGUAGUGUGGUCUACCCUCCUCAGGGAUCGUCCAGCGGACAUUCGUCAAAGUCGUCCGCGAGUGCUCCUAGUUUGCCAUCCUGGAAGUCUAAAGGAGCGCCAAAAAGCAGUGUCGACAGUGUGCUACCUCCAUCAAGGUCGUCACCAGCGGAAACUGCGGUCAAUGUUGCUGUUGAUGCAGAAGUUCCUAGAACAAGUGCAGAAGUUCCUAGAGCAAACGGACGAAACGCAAUGGCCGCUGUAGAGGACCAACAUAGUGCUGCAGAGAGUGCUGAAGAGCCACAAGGCGUGGUCGUAGAGGACGACGACGAAGAGGGCGACAAAAAGGGGCCUCCGACAUCGUUAGCCGAUCCAAGAUUAUGGUCAGCUUUUAUCCAUCUUUCUCGGCAUCUUGCUGCCCUUUUUCCCUGUAUUAUUUCUAUGAAGUUUUACGAGGGCAAUAUAUAAAGGAGUCAAGACGAGGGGAGCGAAAUGAAUAAAAGCCGACUCUAACAAGAAAAAAAGGAGUCCUAUGGCUGCCUUCCCUUUUUGCUCCUGCUUUUGAAACACAUUUGAAGCGGAGCUUGAAGUGGAAAAAAGAUUCUCCUGGGGGUGCUGGUACAGGAACGACAGGAGGCACUUCUGGAGGACCUUCAGGUCCUGGUCCUGGUCCUGGUCCUGGUCCUGGUGGUGGUCCUGGUGGUGGUCCUGGUCCUGGUCCUGGUGGUGGUCCUGGUGGUGGUCCUGGUGGUGCCUCUGGAGGCGGUGGCCCUGGAGGAGGACCUUCAGGUGGCGGCGGAGGAGGACCGCCUUCUUCGCGUUCAAGAGGGUCUAGGUCACACGGAUCACAGCACUUAAGUGUUCCGAGUAUCAUGACGCAUGGGAGUGGAAUGAUAAUUACGAACCGUGUUGGAAGGAAGCGAGUAAGGUCAGAGGAAGAUGUUGAUAAAAAUGACGCUGUAGAAGUUAAGGCCUUGCUUCAUCCAUCUUUUUAGUCCAUCCGUGCGCUGUUUAAUAUUUCAAGAAGAAAAAUAGAAGCAGAUGAGGGAAGACGAGAUGGAUUGUAGUGAGCUCGAAUGUAGAUCUUGCCGACAUCGACAAGGAAGUCGACGCGGAUCAUAAAGAAGAUUUGCAUGACGAUGAUGAUUUCUACGUUGACGAAGAUGAAAAGAAGCCUAAGAUCGCCUCUGGAGGCUCGCGGAGACCGAACCAGCGUGGAUCCAACCCGGCCUCAUCUACUAGCACGACUCGAGGGAAAAUGAGAUCUGUCGCGCCAACUCGUACUCGAAUUAAGGGUUUCCGCAUUACAUCCUUCACUGACAUCCUUGACCUUUUUCCAAGCGGAUGUCACUGGGUCCGGGAUGAUCUGAAGAAUGUAAUCGCGCCACCUCCAAUAGAAAUCGCGCUCAAGCUCCUACGAAGUCAUGUCCUACAGGAGGUCCUCGUGGAAUCAGCACAAGUAAAAGUAGGAACACCACGACAGCCGCUAGCUCUAGUACCACUUCAACUUCGAAGAGCAACGUCAAGGUUGUAACCAAGAGCACGGCUUCUGUCAAGACGAGGACGAGGCAAUCUGGACGUAGUGGAACUUCCAGUAGACGGAGUGUAUUAACAGGUCUUCAAGAACAGUCCCACGACCACCAGCAGGCUGAAACAUUAACGUCAAAUCGAGCUCAACACCAGGAAGGUGGGCAGCUACUCAAAACAGACGAAUCUGCCUUCAUCAAUCCUAUAUUAGGAAGUACAGAACAAGCAGGAGUACGAGAGCACCAUGGUGUCUUAGGCAUCAAUCAUGCUCUAGGAACAGGAAUAGGAGAUCUGGCUGGAGGGUGCACUAGAAGACGGCAAGAGUGGUCAUCAAAGGAGUCUAGUGUUAGUGGAGAUGUAGCGAUGAUAGAUGUCGCACAGCCACUGUCUGUCGGAGGAGAAGAAGGUCCUCUUCUGGGGGAUCAACAGAUCAUGGCAGGUCUUGGUAAGUCGUCACUGGUUCUCCCAUCACGUCAAGAAAUAGAUGAACAACUGUCAGGUCCCCUUCAGGAACAACGAGGUGGACAGCUACAAGGUCCUCAAGGUCUUCUUGAAAAAAGCGAAUUAGGCCUUCCAGGAAGUAGUGCCGAGGAUCAUUACAUGGUCCCUUCCCUUGCUUCCCCACAGCCGUCGUCUGGAGCUGCUCCUGGUGGACUCUCAGGAGUAAACAUGAAUUUCCGAAGUAGAUGCGAGGACUUACCAGUGAGUCGCUUGGAAGACUUGCUACGUAGUCCUCCGAGAGAAGAUCUAAAAGAAGGUGCUGUAGCUUCUAGAGGUCUAGAAGGAGUUGUAGUUGAUGCCGGUAACAGCAAGCAAGGUGGUGAUGAGCCCACGAAAGACACACAACAGCCUUCAGGUAGUACAACUACCUCGAGUGUUCCUGUUGCAGCAACAUCAACCACAUCAACGACUGCGGACAGUAAAAAUACCGAUGGAGAAGUAUUCACUAGUGGUCUAUGCAGUACUAGUAGCAAUAGAGUUGGACCAGUGGUCUAUGCAGCUAGUACAGUAGCUCCCGGGAGUCUAAUAUGCAGUGCUCAGGGUCGUGAGGCUGGCCCUACUGGUUCUACAGUGUCCACCACUUCUAUGUCAACUACUUCUACGAAUGGUUCUUCUUCUUCUUCUUCUUCUUCUUCUUCCGCCAAUACCAAUAGUGGUCUUCCUCGUCCUCCAGCUACAGAGAAUGCUUCUGGUACUCCAGCACCUUGUGUUCCUGCACCUCCAAUGACGCUAGUCACCAUUCCCACGGCUUCGAGCUCCCCUUCUACUGUAGCCGGUCUUUCUACGUCUAAUGCAGGGAUGCUUCAUGGACACUCUACGUCUACGAUGCUUCAUGGAAACUUUCUCCCGGCAGGCAUGUUUCCCGCAAACGAAAUCGUUUGGCUACCUGGAAACUUGCAGAAUGAUCCCGUUGCUCAAGUUGCCGUCGGAGGUCCUGGCAUGCAGAAUGGAACAAUGCAGCAGGUGGGAUCUAACAAUCAGCUACCAUUGGCUACUAGUCAUCAACAUCUUCAUAUUAGUUGUGGUGGCAACAUCGAUCAGGAGCUUCCAACAGUAAAUGGUGACCAACAACAAGAGCAUCUCCAGCAUUGGCAGACAAGAGCUGCUUUAACAGCACCAGGUCAAGGUCAUGCCCAGCAAGUGCACCUUUUCAAUAACGGACCGCUAGGGUAUUUGCAAUCGGGAUCUGUUCCCCUGCAACAAGGACUAGCAGUUGGUUCUCAGUUUCUAGGCGGUUCUGUUUAUGCAGCAGGUGCUAUGCAACAGCAACAUCUCAAUAGUUCUUGUAGUUCCAGUAACAACAGCGCGCUAAAUUCAGUUGCACCUACAGGAUCUACUACUAGUCCUCUCUUCGGAGGACUACACGGGCAAUUGCAGCAACAUACUACUGGGACUGUUCCAAAUAACGGCGUAGGGGGAGGUAUGAACCCGUCGACUAUGAUAGGAGGAGGUAUGAAUUCGAAUUCGUCUUCAACAGCUUUCUUCCUAGACCAACUAUGCCGACCUCGAACCGUUUCCGCGGACAGCGCAUUAUCCGGCGCCAGCAAUCACGUGCUCGACCAGCACAACAACAUGACUGGAGGAACUGGAGGAGGCAACAUCACAACGUUCAAUAGCACCAGCACAAAUGGCUGUGGUGGACAACUCGGACAAUUUCAUACUGGUGUUUGUUCAUCGACAGGCACAGGGAGCAGCAGUACUGGUUUUCCUGAAAAUUACGGAGAGGUGGAGCUUUCUUUGUUUCACGUAGGUGAACAUCUUUGCACGAAGAACUUUUUAGAUGAAAAGGACCACAAGGAUCUGCUUCAAGGGGCUUUUUUUAUCGCUGAAGCAGGGAACUAUUCUUUUGAAGAAGAUUUUAGUAGUAGAGCAGCUUUCGAUGAGCAGGUUGGCGCUAUCGUGUGAGGAGUUGGUGCUAUCGUGCGAGGAGUUGAUGCUGUGUGAUAGCUUCAUCUUUGGCUAGCUAGGGAUCUUUCUAUACUAGGGAAGUACAACGAACUAGCAAGACUUGAAUUUUUUCAAGACUGCUUGAAGCACAAGAACAGCGUCGUAUCGUCUCGUGAUCGUCCCGUAUCGUUCUCGAUAGUCAUUCGACAGGAAUAUGCUCUGCCUUUCACUUUCUUCUCCUUUGCUUCUUCUAAGAAUGCUUCCUGCCAAUGAUGAAGGGAGCGAACACGCCCAGCACCUCUGCGAGUGGGGAAAGCCCUAUGUGGAUGCAGCCUGGUGAGCAUCCUGUAGUUCUUCUAGGGGAACAAUCACAAAAGCAGUGGCAACCAUGGCAGGAACAACAGAACUUGCAAGUAGUACUGGGAGAACAGAAGAUGGUGGAGCAACAUCAAGAACAUCAGAAUGUGCAGGUCGUGGGAGAGCAGAUGAUCGAGGAACAACAGCUGCUGAGAGGGACCCAGGUGGAGCAACAGCACCAGCUCCAACCACGUGAGGAAACACACCAGAAACUUCUUGGUUUGAAUCAGCAAUCACAGGAGCAACGAAAGCAAAUUCAACUUGAUUAUCAACAACAAGGCCUUACUACUGUUGGAGGUGCAAAAAUCACUUCUAGUACAACAGAGCAAAGGAACUACAAAGGCCAUCAGCCUGCAACGUCGGCUCCACCUGCAUCAACGUCAAAUGCCCAACAUGCCAGCAUAGGAACCCUUGUGGUACCUCCGAGGACAACAUCAGUAUCUCCGACUUGUGCUCCACACUCCUCUCCGGGUCCGGCAGGCAUUUCUUCCAUGCCUAUGAACAUGGCUAGCAUGAUGUUCGGGAGUAGCCUGUUCCCACCAGCACAAGGAGGAGGGGUCGCAGGAGCAGGUGGGUUCAACAUGAAUGGCAAUCCUCCACUCCUACAUACCAGCACGGGAGGAAUAGAACCUCCACUCGUCCCACCUCCACCGUCCUCGUCCAACCUGCUUGCGAGUCAACUACACGCGUUGAAUCAAGUUUGGCAGUGCCAUGAAGACCAGGUGAUUGCGCAAAUGAAGGAUCAACUCGCCAGAGAGCGCCAACGACACCUCAGUACCAUGUACAACGCGAUGAAUAGUUUUGGGAACCAUCAGGGACCACAGGCUGGCACUAGUGCGGGAGCUGUCCCACAACAACAGCGACAGGCUGAGCAAAUGAUGCAACAGCAAGAAGUUUCUUCAGGCGGUCUAGUACAACAAGGCGCCCCACAACAACUUUGAUGAAUAGAAAUUCAAUUUGAAAAUGGACUUGAUGUAACUGGAGAAAAGUCUACUGCAAAGCAAGUGUCUUCAUGUUACCGAACAAAAUGUCAUGCGAACUUAUUUUUUUUAAUUUUGGUAGGCCUGCUCCACCAACAUUAUACCAAGUAAAGGAACUUACUCUUUGUUAAAAGAUUACUCAAUUGAAAAUACUCGAUAUUUAGGUUAAUGCGUGAUACGACAGGACUCGUCCUUCUCGUCCCUUGUGCAACUUUCUUAUCGAAACAUCAGACAUACAACUACCGCCUGACGAUGAUUGAGACUACAACUGUGAGAUUUACCACUACUGAGGAUUGAAAAUUCACGACACCUUUCAACCACAACAACAAGGUAUUGUUCAAACACAAAUGUAGUUUCCAACCUAAACAGAAGGAUGAGAAAACAAGUAAUUUUUUGUCUCAAGAACAUGUGUAAUGGUCUUCAUAGGGAUAAUGUAUUUGUAGCUACUAGCUGCCCUACAACUGGGUUCGAAGAAGCAGUAUGUCAUGAUCGCCUUGUAUUAGGAGUAAGCAUUCAAGAAAGUACGAAUAAGUACGAAGUUACGAACAAGAAGUAGAACACUUUGUAAAUAUAUCUUUCGCUUCGCCUUGAUGCUCGAAUUCGCAACAUGAAUAACACGCUAUUACAUAUUGUAAUUUUUACACCGAACAACAAGAACAGGAUCGCCGCUUACUUUUUUACGUAACUCCUCCUAGUAGCUCUUGGUGCUGCGGGGGCUACAGAAGGAGCAAGGGUUACGUACCAAAGCACGCCUACAACUGGAAGUCCUUAAAGAACACAUCUUAAAUGCAGCACACUGGAAUCCUACAUAGCCCUUUGUGUGUCUCGCCCUACAUGAGAGAGUAGGUCAUUGUGUGCACUACUACGACUACUCCCUGAAGAAGAUUGGCAUUCUUCCACCAAGUUGCCCCCCACCACUCUACUUGCCCUUUAGAAAUGCAGCAUUUGCAAAACCAAGACGACUUUCCUACAAUAGUGAGAUGAAUAUCAUGGAAUUCCAAAAAUCAUGCGACACGCGGCUAACCGCAGAGCAAACACUGC